AUGCCCCUCCUCGACAUCUUCCAUGCUGUGCGCGACCAAACUCGCGAUCAGCGCCAAUCACUUGAAGCCAACAACGCGAAAUUAAGAUGGCGGUUGACCGAUGUGUUCGCUAGGACGUGGGAUCUUGGGUUCACUGCUUUUGGGGGGCCGCCAGUGCAUUUUAAGAUUCUGCAUAGGAGGUUUGUGGAGGGAGUUGGCGGGAAGUCUAAGUGGAUUGAUGAGCAGACUUAUCAAGAACUCUUCGCAAUAUGCCAAGCGCUCCCAGGCCCCGGCAGCACCAAAAUGGCCUUCUGCAUCGCCCUCAUCCACGCCGGAUUCCUACCUGCCAUCUUCGUAUUUCUCCUUUGGAGUCUGCCCGGUGCAAUUGGCAUGUACGGCCUCUCUCUGGGCGUGCAAAAGAUGCCUGAUGUCUUGCCCCCGAUUGUGUAUGCGCUCUUAAGUGGGCUGAAUGCAAGUACAGUUGGGCUUAUUGCUCUGGCUGCUGUUGAGCUGGCAGAGAAAGCUAUUAAAGAUAAGCUGACUAGGAUUCUGGUUGUCCUUGGUGCAUGUGCGGGAUUGUGCUAUAACGCGCUGUGGUACUUCCCCGUGCUUCUUCUGGUUGGCGGACUCAUGACCACUUUGUGGGAUGUUUGGCUGCAACAACGGGUUGGAAAGCUUCGAGCGAAGUGGAGGAAAAAGAAGCAGAAUCCGGAUAGAAAUACUGAAGAGAAUGAUCCGGUGGAGAGCGUGCCUUUGGAGGAACGAGUAGAGAAUCGAUCUUCCGAGGGCGUCCAAAGGAGGCCUUACACUGCGACUUCGAAUGACCGCAUCUCUCUUGAAAGGGCUGAACCUAUUCCAGUGGCAGAACUAAAUCAAGAGGAAGGCCGGGCUGAAGAUAGUGCGACUGUAGCAGAUACGGCAACGCAUAGUAUACCAGUAAGGCUAGGUACCACCAUUAUUGCGGUGUUCUUUGUCUCCUUCACCAUUAUCAUGGCCCUACGUGGCACCCUGAAAGCCCGUGCCCUUGCCUUCAGCCUCUUCUCAAACAUGUACCUCGCGGGAACCAUCAUCUUCGGCGGCGGUCCCGUCGUCAUCCCUCUCCUCCGCGAAUACGUCGUAGAACCCGGUUGGGUCUCUCCGCGCGACUUCCUCAUUGGCCUUGCCAUUAUUCAAGCUUUCCCCGGCCCAAACUUCAACUUCGGCGUCUACCUCGGCGCUCUCGCCCUCACUAAUACUCGCUUCCCGACCGUUCUCGGUGCGUUCUUAGGGUAUGUGGGGAUGUUUGUGCCAGGAAUUACACUAUCGGUAGGUGUACAGAGUUUCUGGCGAGUGUUGCGGACGAAGAGGUGGGUGGUCAGUUUGUUAAGGGGAGUUAACGCUACAGCAGUGGGGCUGGUGUUUACGGCGGUGUAUAGGCUUUGGGAAAUUGGUUAUUUGACGCCGGAGGUAGGUAGUGGGAGGAGUUUGGCUGGAGAGCCUUGGUGGGUUGUUGUUGCGGCGUUGACGUAUGCUGAGAGCGCGUGGUUCGAUAUCCCCCCAGCCUUAGCGAUUGUUUUUGGGGCCGUGUUGGGGCUGGGAUGGUUUGGUGCUGUUGGGCGAUGAAUAGUGGGAAUGAGAAUAUAAC